UCUUAUUUUGUAUAAGAGGUUAAGAUGGGACUGUCUUAGAUAAAGGCCUUGAUGUAUCUGAUGUAUAGUUUUUAAUUUGCUUUGAACAUAACUUUGGUAGCUUAAAAUGAAUCAGUAAUAACUGUCUCAAAUCUCCUGAGGCCAUCAUUCAGCAUCAUGACUCCUCUUACUGACGGCAUGUAUGUGCUCAAUUUAACAACUGGAUAAGAGAGAAAAAGAAAAAGACCCGCCUCUUAAGUUGACAGCACCCUUCCUGGAGCACAGUUAGACGCUGCAGAGCUGCCAUCGUACGCACUAUGAUGAAGUGUACCUUGAUAACAGCUUUAAUCAUCUGCAGCCUCAGCUGGAUCUCUGUCUCAGCUGCUGAUUCUCAGACUGUGGAGGUCCAGUCUGGUAAAGAAGUCUCUCUCACAUGCUCUGAGAAGUCCAACUCUCCAACAGUGUGGUUCAGAGUGGUCAACAGAACCAAGGCCAGCUGGAUCUCCACUAUGUUCACCUCUACCAGCGCUCCUAAAUACUGUGAUGGAUGUAAAAAUGGAGCAUUUGAAAUGAGUUCCAACACCUCCACUGCCUCUCUCAAAAUGAAGAAAGUGAAUGUAUCUGACUCUGGACUGUAUUUCUGUGUUGCUUUCACACAGAAAACAGUUUUCAGCACCACACAUUUAAAUGUUGAAGGCAGUGAUGAACCUCAUGAUGAUGUUGACAGAAAGCCUAAAAAGUCUGAUGAUGUAACAAAGCUGAUGAGUGUGAUCCUGGGCGGUCUGAAUGUUGUUCUCCUAACAGUCAUCAUUGGUCUGGUUGUUACAAUCGGGAAACUUCAGAAAGUUGCCAGUGAAGAACAGAAUCCACCACAGCGUGAGACUCUGGGCUCUGAUGGCCUGAAAGACGCAGCAGUGAGUUUGUAUUUACCAACAGUGAGGAACAGGAGGCCUGCAUCACAGAGAGAAGUGGAGACUCAUGUUAUUUAUGCUGCCCGCAGAUAGACUCAGAGAGGAACUGAUGCUUUUAUCACAUUAAUCUGCUGCUGUGUUCUUUUGUGGCUGGAUGGGAGGAGGUUUUCUUAUUUAAAAAACAAAACAUUAAAUAGAACUAUUAUAUGGGAUCUUUGUCAAAGAGCUUUUACUCUCUCUCUGUUUUGCUAAUUGUAUCUGAUUUGGUGACUGUCAAUAGACAACAGACAGAUGGAGGUCUGCAGCAGUGGAGGAGUGACUGAGGUACACCUCACUUGUUUGUCAGGUAGAGACAGCACAGUGUGGUCUGAGAACAGCUGAGGUGAACAUCAUGAGGCCUGUUAGAUCAAAGCUCUGUGAGAAUAAAAGUCUUCAUGAAGCAGUGAAUACUGGCUGACUGUGAUCACAUUCAGCACUUUUGUAAAACAUCAAUGUUGAAACUGGAUCUUUUAACUGUGAUGUCAAUGUGUCACAUGCCUGAAUUAAAAAUAUGAUAUAUUUAAAAAGA